CGCGCGACAACUGCAGCAUCGAGCGCACCCGACUCGCGCCGCCCUCGCUCGCCGCCGCCUCCUCUCGUCGCUGACGCCCAAGCCCGCGACCCCACCUCGACCACCUCGCCCGGGUCUGAGCAUGGAGCCGCUCAUGGAAGGCCCGCCGUCGCCCGAGGACGUCCCCGUGCACAACAUCUCGCCUCCUCCUCCGCACGGCCACCACCCGGCCGGCGCACCGCCGCAGCCGCAACAGCUCCAGGCCCAGGGCCAGCCCGGUCAGAUGGACGUCGAGUACGCCAACCAGGCCCCGGUCAGCGUCGAGGACUACGAGGCGUUCGCGGCCAAGCACCUGUCGGACAUGGGCGAGGAGGUCGACGACUUCCAGGUGUUCCGGUGGCCGCUCAAGGACUACCGUCGCAUGGACAAGAAGACGCUCAGCCCAGAGUUCAGCUGCGGCGGGCACAAGUGGAACAUCCUCCUCUUUCCGAUGGGCAACUCGAAUGGCCAGGCCAACGACAUGGUGUCGGUCUACCUCAACUACGGCGACCAAAAGGCGAGCGAGGGCUGGCACGUCUGUGCCCAGUUCGCGCUCGCCAUCUCGAACCCGGGCGACCCGACCGUCUACAUCCAGUCGCAGGCGCACCACCGCUUCACGAACGAGGAGCAGGACUGGGGCUUCACGCGGUUCGUCGAGUUGCGCAAGCUCUUCUCGGUGUCCGAGGGCCGCACCAAGCCCAUCAUCGAGAACGACGAGACGGUCAUCACGGCAUUCGUGCGCGUCCUCAAGGACCCGACGGGCGUCCUCUGGCACAACUUCCACAACUACGACUCGAAGAAGAUGACUGGACACGUCGGGCUCAAGAACCAGGGCGCGACGUGCUACAUGAACUCGCUCCUCCAGUCGCUCUUCCUCACCAACCAGUUCCGAGAAGCCGUGUACCAGAUCCCGACAGAGGACGACACGACCGACACGGUGCCGCUCGCCCUGCAACGCGUCUUCUACAACCUCCAGACCUCGGACUCGUCGGUCGGCACGACCGAGCUCACCAAGUCGUUCGGCUGGAAGGGCUUCGACUCGUUCCUGCAGCACGACGUGCAAGAGUUCAACCGCGUCCUGUGCGACAAGCUCGAGACCAAGAUGAAGGGCACCCAGGCCGACGGCGCCAUCAACCGCCUGUUCUGCGGCAAGAUGAAGAGCUACAUCAAGUGCAUCGACAUCGACUUUGAGUCGGCGAGGAGCGAGGAGUUCUACGACAUCCAGCUCAACGUCAAGAACCUGCGCAACCUCGAGGAGUCGUUCAAGGACUACAUCAUGGUCGAGACGCUCGAGGGCGAGAACCGGUACAACGCCGAGGGCUUCGGCCUGCAAGACGCGAAAAAGGGCGUCAUCUUCGAGGAGUUCCCGCCCGUGCUCCACCUGCAGCUCAAGCGGUUCGAGUACGACAUGCACCGCGACCAGAACGUCAAGAUCAACGACCGGCACGAGUUCCCGCUCGAGAUCGACCUCGAGCCGUACCUCGACGCCAAGGCCGACCGGUCCGAGUCGCACCUGUACAAGCUCCACGGCGUCCUCGUCCACUCGGGCGACGUUCACGGCGGCCACUACUUUGUCCUCAUCAAGCCGCAGCCCGACGGCCGCUGGCUGCGGUUCGACGACGACCGCGUCGUGCCCGUCACGGACCGCGAGGUCCUCGAGGACAACUUUGGCGGCGAGGGCCCGCUCGUGCCGACCAACGGCGGGUACAACGUCGUGCCGCCGGCCGCCAACGUCCAGCCGGGCGUCAAGCCGCCGGUCAAGGGCGCCAUGAAGCGCUUCACCAACGCGUACAUGCUCGUCUACAUCCGCGCGACCCGGGUCGGCGAGGUCCUCAAGGCCAUCACGACCGAGGACGUGCCCGAGCACCUGCGCACCCGUCUCGAGCGCGAGCGCCGCGACGCCGAGCAGCGCAAGCGCGAGCGCGACGAGCAGCACCUGUACCUCACGGCCAAGGUCAUCACCCAGGACACGUUCCGCCAGCACCAAGGGUUCGACCUCGCGACGUUCGACGACCGCACGGUCCCGGCGACCGAGCUGCCGACGUACCGCGUGCCCAAGGCGCAGCACUACCUCGACUUCCGGGCCCAGGUCGCCAAGGACCACGGCCUCGACCCGAACGACGUCCGGCUGUGGGUCCUCGUCAACCGCCAGAACAAGACGGUCCGGCCCGACGCGCCCGUGAGCGACCAGGACCCGACCCUGACGAUGGAGGUCGUGCGCGACAAGAUGGCGAGCCGGCAGCAGGACCUCAAGCUGUACCUCGAGCACAUCGACCCGCGCACCAAGAGCGACUGGCAGGUCCUGCACGGCGCCGAGCCGCCCAUCAUGGUCUUUGUCAAGCACUUUGACCCGAACCGCCAGACCCUCGCCGGCGUCGGCCACUUCUACGUGCACCGCAACAUGCGCGUCAUGGACCUCGCGAGCAAGAUCAACGAGCGCAUGGGCUACCUCCCGACGACGCCGCUCAAGAUCUUCGAGGAGAUCAAGCCCAACAUGAUCGAGGGCAUGAAGAUGAAGGCGACGUUCCUCCAGAGCGAGAUCCAGGACGGCGACAUCGUGUGUUUCCAGGUCGACAUCAACGACCCGCCGCAGCCCGAGGGCGACCGCCAGCUCGCGUUCCACACGCCGCUCCAAAUGUACGACUUCUUCAUGAACCGGGUCCUCGUCACGUUCCGGCCCAAGUACGUCGACGACCCGGACCACGCGCUCGACGAGUUCGCCAUCACGCUCUCGAAGAAGCAGACGUACGACCAGAUGGCGCACAAGGUCGGCGAGCGGCUCAAGCACGACCCGCUCAAGCUCCGGUUCACCCAGUCGAACGGCGCCAACGGCGCGCCCAAGACGAUCGUGCGCCGCCAGGCCAACUCGACCGUCGCCGAGCUCAUCCAGCCGGGCUACAUGGCCACCAACACGAACCUCCUGUACUACGAGCUCCUCGACGUGAGCAUCAUCGAGCUCGAGACCAAGAAGAGCCUGCGCGUCACCUGGGUCGGGCCGACCAACAAGGACGAGGGCGUGCACCACUUCCUCCUGCCCAAGAACACGUCGAUGGCCGACGUCGCCAACGACCAGCUGCGCAAGGCCGUCAAGCUCAACCCGGACCUCGGCUCGGGCCAGAUCCGCCUGUUCGAGCUGCACCACGGCCGCGUCCAGAAGGUCUUUACCGGCAGCGAGGCCGUGCGCGACGUGCCCGAGGCGACCGAGCUCUUUGCCGAGGAGGUCCUCCUCGACGAGGCCAAUGCCGACGACGACGAGCGCGUCGUCCAGGUGUACCACUUCAACAAGGACCCGGCUCGAGCGCACGGCGUCCCUUUCCGCUUCGUGCUGAAACCUGGCGAGCCGUUCAGCGCGACCAAGCAGCGGCUCCAGGCGCGCACGGCGACGUCGGACAAGGACCUGGCCAAGAUGAAGUUCGCCAUCGUGCAGCCGACUGUGUACAAGCAGCCGGCGCCGAUACAGGACGACGACGUCCUCGCCGACCACAAGUGGGCCGACGAGGACCUGCUCGGCAUGGACCACAUCGACAAGCGGAGAGUCGUCGGCGAGAGGGGCGUCUUCAUCCGGUGAUCGUCGCCUCGACUCGACGCCUGCCUCGCCCUUGCCCUCGUCGGACCCCUCGUCCACCCCCCUCCCCUCGUCGUCCUCUCUCGACCUGCGCGCCCUACACCUCGCGCGCUCUCCCCCCACCUCCUCCUCAUCAUGUCGUCCUCUUCCUCUCUCCUUCGGCCCUGCCGCCCUCGCACGUUCCGCCACCCGUCCGCCUGCUGUUACCCCUUGCCCUCAUCCCCUACGCUUUCCCUACUCUUCCCCCUCGUCGCGCGACGUGUGCGCUUCCCCUUUUUCUCCCUCACUCGUAUGCUGUGUACUGCAAUCUUGCCCCAGAUGUCC